AUGUUCUCCGGACAAAUAUACGACGUCCUGGUCUCGGGCGAAGGAGCCCGUCCCGAGUUCCCACGCAUUGAAAAGGAGGCUUUGGCCGACAGGUUGGCUGUCCCGGCAGCCAAGAAGGACCUGGCCACUUUCAGCCACCUGCUCCCGCGCCUCGCCGCUAUCACCGCGAAGAAGCAGGGCAGGCGUAACGUCGAGAAGAUCCGACUCGUCACCGACAAGCCCGCCGACUUGCCCUUGCUGGCGCAACCGGACUUCGGGUUCAAGCUCGUCGGCGCAAGGCACGGCGACUCGGACUGGAUCCUGCCGGGCAAGCUGCUGCCGGACCACGACGAAUUCCACUCGUCUAAUUUCAAACCCGAACCCGAGUGGACAAACCUCUUCAUACCGUUCGUGCCGGGCGCCAUCGCCUGGGCCCUGCAGGAGCCGGCGGCGUGGGCGCUCGCCAGCAACAUCCCGUGGGUCAUCACCCAUAGCAGCCGAGAGCUCGUCGUCCUGCGGUUCUACAGGAUCAACCCCGAGGAGCGGGAUCUCCCGGCAUUGCACGAGGGCGAGGUGCCGGUCGGGGCUUCGUACUUCGCCGUGCCUGCCUUGCCGCCCGGGGCGGCCGCAUCCACGGCGUGGGAGCACAGGGCCCUCUUCGCGCUGCCGUGGUACAGGAACGCGCCGCCGGUACACCGCAGGGCCCUGUCGUACCACCUCGGCCUCUGGGUGGCGCUCAUGGCGCGCCUCUGGUACCUCCAUUCUGACCCCCAUGAGGGGAAAGUGCACGAGGCGCACUACUCCACCGCGUUCAAGAAGGCGUUGAUCCAUCUGGGGGAGGACAGGCGGCCGUACUCUGUCAUCAACGCCCAGAGGAAGGCGUCGGAAUCGCAGCACAACCGGGAGUGUGAGGCGGUGGCUGCGGUGAUGAAUUGGAGGCCGGACUCGCCGGUGGAGUCUGAGAGGGAUGAGCAGGAGCGCCCGCGCAAGAAGAUGAAGUGCAGGCUCAUACGGGUGGGAGGGUGCGCGCAGAUAUUCCAUAAUGAUGACGGACCCUGGGUAACGAGGUAA